ACACACUUCAUCUUCCGGAUUGCUUCCUGUUUUGGUUAAACAAACGUUGGAAGACUGUAAUAGUAAGACAAUGUACAGGUGAUUGUACAUAGAGUCCUUUUAUGUGUUCUAUUCAUCCACUAAGGCAUUAUUGGUCAAAUCAAUUUGACUGUUCCGUGAUUCUCCUCACGUGUCAGCAUGGACAACCGUUGUUUUUGUUGUACUUCAAAAUUUAGUAUCUUCAAGAAGGAGCUGGGUUGUAAGAACUGUGGCCGGGCUUUCUGCUCCAGCUGUUUGACUUUCAGUGCUGUGGUGCCUCGCUGUGGCAACACCCAGCAGAAGGUCUGCAAACAGUGCCAUGGUAAUCUGACAAGCGGGUCCACUUCAAACAAUGCUGGGAAAUGGUCUCCUCCUGAAAAUUACAAAAAGCGAGUAGCUGCACUUGAGGCCAAACAGCAGGGACAGCCCACACAGCCUCUUGCACAAAAAGGCAAUAGAAACGGAAGAGAAGGGCUUAUGCCAACCAGAGGCCUGAGCAAAGAAGAUCAGGCUAUUGCUGAAAGACUACAAAAGCUGAAAGAAGACACUAAGCCAAAGUCUCUCCCCUCUGACAAGGAGCUUGAGUCUCGCCUUGCUGCUUUGAAAACACCCAGCCAGCCAGUGCCUACUCUAGGAGAGAUGGAGGACCGCCUGGCAGCUCUACGCGGUCAGCCCCCACCAUCUCAAGCUCCUCCUGCAGUGCACAAGCCUCCAGAUAACAGGACUCAGACCGAGCAAACCAAUGAUCUGAUUACUCAGAUGACAGAGGAAGUGGCCAUUGACAACCAGCAAUCAAAUCCUGAAGGCAGUGUUGAUGACCAAAUGAAUGAUCUUAACAAAGGGGAGGGGGGAACGUUGACUGAGAAUUUGGAGGGGGAUGAAGACCAAGUCAAGCAGCUCGAGGCGGAGAAGUCCCGUCUGCUGGAGGAGGCUAUGGAGGAGUUGAGGACGGAACACCAUUCCCAGGAUCAGAUCCUCGACAUGGCUAAGAGGCUGGCGCAGCUGAAGGGGCAAGACCCCGACAAAGUUACUAAAGAGGACUUUCAGCGUCCUGACAGCGAGGAGGAGACUGAGGAAGAGGCUGUGAAGAGAGUCUUAAAACAGCUCUCUGAGGAGGCUGCAUUGGAUGAGGCCAGUGGCUACAACAUACCUUUAGAACACAGUGGACCUAAGAACACAGAGAAGAAGAGAACCUCUAAAAAGAAAACCCAUGCUCCAGCACCUAAGAGUCAUGUUUCACCGGCUGCCGUUGCAUAUUCGCCAUCAGAGAGUGACGAUGAAGAGCUUCCCUGGUGCUGCAUCUGUAACAAAGACGCCACCCUUCGCUGUCACACCUGUGAUGGAGAUCUGUUCUGCAACCGCUGCUUCAGGGAGGGCCAUGAUAAAUAUGACAGGAUGGAGCAUCACACCACCAACUACACUGCACCAAAAAAGAAGAAGAAGACAUGAUAGACUGUGCUAAAGGUGUUUGCCUUAUCAAGCUCUGGUCAGGUAGAACUCUUAGAACUGUGCUUUAGACUUAAGUGACCUGUAAGUGAUUAAAUGCUACCUAUCAUCAGAAGCAGACCUGAAGCUGUCCCUGCUUGUCUCAUCAAAUCAUGCCAAAGUAGCUAUCAACAUGCAUUACUGUAGUCCACAGGGAGAUAAAAAAAAACAGCUUUUCUAAAUUACUAACAGAUAAAAAACAGCAAGUUACAUCUAUGGCAUACAAAACAAACACUAGAAGUAACCUUUGACUUAAAUAUAUAUGUGAAAUAUGAAAAACAUACCUGUAGCUGCUAUUUUUCUGUGAUAUUAAAAAGACCCACAGAAGCUGCUACACAUUGUUAGUAUUCAACAAACUGCAGACUGAAAGUACGAAGUUUUUUUUAUGUCACUUGUCCUACUUACCAGAGGCAACAAAGGCUCAUCUCAGACGCACGUUGCACUUGUCACCAUUUGAAUUUAAAAAAAAAUUUUGACAACGCAAACUGAAAGCAGACACAUCACGUUCUCAUCUGGGAUGAUGUACGAUCCCAGACGACUGUCAGCUCUGCACUGAAGGAGCACAGAGGAGUCUGUAUAAAAGGAUUACUGAGGGCUUUGUUUUCUUUUGGCAGCCUCUGCAGUCACUCUUGUAAUCUAUGUUUGGCUGUGAGUCUGACAUGAGUAUUGCCUUUCUUGUCCUUGUGUGUAAUUUCAUUAUAAAGGAUGCAGAAGUGUUAGGUGCUGUGUCACGUCUCUGAGGGAUCAAUGCGUUUCUUUUUCAGUUAUAUUUUUAAAACUGAAGCCUUUUUUUGCCUCUGCGUGGGCGACAGCCGUGGCUGCAAAUGUUAGGUUUUAGAGUCCUCAGUCUUUUUUUAUACAUUUUUGUGAACCUCAGGAAUGCCUGGAGAGAUUCGACACAAACUUCCACUUGAACUUUAAGAUGAACCGACUCAAAGGUCAAAGUUCAUUGUGACCUGCUUUGACUAUAGCACAGGAGGUCCUUUGCUUAUUUAACAAGCAUAUACACAAUUAAUUGUAAGUCAAAGCUUAGGCACCAGUUUAGCUCAAUGGGUAGAAAAGGUACCCCAAACAGAAGCUGCAGUCACUGAUGUAUUGGCUGCAGGUUAAACUCCCAGCCUCAACCCACUGUCUGAUCUUGCCUUCUCCCACACACUCUUCUCCCCUUAUUUCCUGUCUUUCUAAAAGAUUUAAAACAAAAUCACAACUAAAAAAGUUCACCUUCUCGGUGGCAGCACAUUGUUCUGGAAUCAAACUUCCCCGACCUUCUCUCCUUGAUAAAUCUUGUAGAAGUGAUUCCUCUGAAACACCUUAACACCUGAGUGACACCUGUGAAACACCAGAAGCCCUUUAAAUGUGGCACAAACUUGGCAUUCACUUGGACUUGAGGAUGCAUGUUCUCAUAAAUAAGACAUCUCAUCAAACCCAAGAGAAAUUUUGAUUGCAUUUGAUUUCCCUUUAUUUUAUUUUGGCCUCAUGAGAGACAGUAGGUAAUCCAUCAGUGUAUCCCUCCUCGCUCAACCCCUUGUGUACCAGUUUGUUCUUCUGUCACAAGAGGUGUUUGACAAUCAUUGCUCUGCAUAAACACAAAGAAACAGAACGUGACUUCUCUGACAUUAUGCUGUAAAUGAGCUUUCCUGCUAAAUCUAGACCCUAUUUGUGCCUUUUUUUAAAAAUGUUUUCAGGGUUAUGUUUUGUGUUUGGUUAUGUCUUUAUGUUUUCUGCCUCGGUCAUAGUUACAGCAGUUUGCUUGAUUGAUUGAUCAGUUAAUAUCUUUAUCCACAACGUGUUAAUAAAAAGAUAAAUAGCUUAAGAAGAAAAACAAAUAUAAUGUACUGAGUAAACCUAAACUCUAUCAACAGUUCUAGUCAGGACUAAGCAAACAAAACGUGCUUAAAAAGGCGUAGGAUGAAGUUUAUACUUAUUUUUUCCUACGUCUAUUAAUAACCAUAAUCCAGUUGGGAAAUACUGAUGGAUAUAAACUGCUUCUUCACUCCGCUAGCAGAGUCAUACAUGGAAGUGAUGAUAUAAGUUUCUGAUCACUCAUGUCAUCACUCGACAAACACAGUCCAUUGCUGGCAGCCAUUAUCAGAAGUGAAGUCUUAGAGUAUGGACGGCCUCUGUGUCAUAGCAGCAGUAUCAUAAUGGAGGCAAAAUGAGUAGAGGACUAUAAUGGAGCCCUUAGCUGAGAGACCCUGUGUAUGACAGAGAGAAGGCUGGAGUGCUGUUUCAUCAGCAUGCAUUACUGUCAAACUAAAGGAGGAGAAACCGUAAUUACACUCUCCUCUGGGGGGGCUUUGCUCCAUUAAGGUUUGCAUGGAGGCUGUUACCGUGUUUGCCUUUUCUGGCCAUGUCAGACACACACCACAGAGAGGAAAUGGAUGGGGGUAAUGGAUGCAUGCUUAAUGGACCCUUCCUGCUGUUGAUUUCACUGUGUUUACUCCUAGAGCUGACAUGUCAACAUCUCCUUUGUUUCCAUCAGUCUGCUGAAAAAUUCACACCAGAAUACAAAAGCUUGUUCUGGGAAAGAUCCUCUGAGAGCCACUAUGCCACUAUAAAGUCCUGCAGUUGUCUCUGCGCAGUAGGACAUUAUUCUACUUUAAAGGCAAUAAGUGUUUAAAAGCAGUUUGAAAGGGUAAGUGUGGUAACAGGAUAGUUUAAUUGGUACUGUAAAUGGAUUAGCAUAAUGCACAUGUCAAUAUUUGUUUGUGUCUGCUGAAUGAAUAAUAUGUGAUGACAUUGUAAUGUGUGUCAACCUCUUUGUUGAAAACCAGAUGUAUCCAUUUCCAUAAACCGUCGACAGCCUUGUCUUGAAAA